AAACAACCAUUCAUGGCCCAUGAAGGCCAACAGGGUGCCACAUCAUCCCAGAAAGCAAAACAAAUCAUUGGGCCACAGCUGCAAGGGCAAACAGUGUCCUGGACACGCUGCCAUGAUGUGGAUUACUGACAGAUGUCCUAAACCAUCUAUACGCUUUCAUCCUCUCCAAACUCCAGUUGCUUAUAAUCUGACUCUAAAUCUACAUCCGUGUAAACUCCAUACACAGAAUACAAGUGGCUCUUUCCUCCAACUUCCUGACUGCACAGAGACAUACUACACAGGAAAAGAAGAUAUUGUGUUCUAAUUUUUUUUUAAAGAACAUGUGAACAUCUCAGUAACACUCAAUAAUUGUAUGCGUUUUAGGUUCUAGUCAGCAUGCCAGAUUGUAGCUUUAUUUGUAUAUACACAGAGUAAAAAUACACAUAUAUUUUUGUUCUGCAAAAUACAGAGGAAAUUUGUCUUUGAGGCCUGUUUUAGGUACUUUCAAUGAGUUUAACAUGACAACAUGCAAAACAUACAACAUACAAAAGACUCAUCCUUCGGGGAAACAACAUAGUUUCUAUGUAAGCUUGUGAAAAAACUUUUGCAUAGCAUAAUAAAAGAAACAAACAAAAAACUGUACAAUGUACAGAACAUUUUAACUAACCCACAGCUAGGUUUUCCAGCUGAAAUAUCCAGCUCUGCCUGACCAGUUACCAGCUCCUGGCAACACAGAGCAAGCUGGUAAAAGCUGCUUCUAAAUUACUGCUAAUGAUGUAUUGAAAAUCUGCCCUGCUGAAAAAAAGCAACAAUAAAAGCGUUAAACAAAUUCUAAUAGUUUCCACUACAAAUUACAAACCAUCAACUAUUAACAAUUACAACCAUGCCAAAUGAUUUCCAUUAUGUAACGUGUUUGCAACAUCUUUAAUGAAAAAACCUAUUGUAGAAACUGUGGAAUCUGGAUGCUUACUGAUGUCCUAAUGGUGUUAAGUGAAUGUGUGAUCUACAGUUGCCAUAGUUGUUUUUAUUAUUCACUAGACAUAACAUGCAAUAGAACAACAAAGUACUGUACCAGUAGAGAGCUACAGGUACGAAUUAAUUCUAAUAAAACCGAUGUUAUAUCAUUUAUAACUAUAAAAAUUGUUUUACACUGCAUAAAUUAAAUAAGGAUUUAUAUAUAUAUAUUUUUUAAGUUGUUUAAUCAAUCAGUAGGCCUAAGGAAUAUGCCAAAAAAGUCUGAUUUGAAAAUGUUAUGCAACUGAUUUAAACUGAGAACAGUUUAAAUCCAGUAGUUUCUAUAACAUUCUGAACUCUUCAAAAUGUUUUUCCCUUUAUAAUGCACUUAGACAUAUUAUAGCUGCUUAUUAUAGGAGGAUUCAUCUGAUUCAUCCAGAUGCCCUACACUUUAUGGAGUUAUCUUUAGUUGGACAUCAUGCAGUGCAGCUGAGGAUGGUUCCACGUGAACAGCCCAAAAAUCCAUGAAGUUCCCUUUUGAGUCUGGUUCCUCUCAAUGUUUCUUCCUCAUAUCAUCUCUGGGAGUUUUCCCUUGUCACCGUCACCACUGGCUUCCUCUUUAGGGAAGAACUUAAGUGUUAAACUUAUACGUAACAUAUCAAUUAAUAUUUUAUAACCUAUUUAUCGCCGUAAAGCUGCUUUGGGACAAUGUCCAGUGUUAAAAUCGCUAUACAAAUAAAACUAACUUGACUUGAUAGCCAUCUCUGCCAGACUGACUCUGCCAUGUCGAGAUGAAAGAUGGUUUUUACAUUCCAUGCCCACUUCUGCUUCACCAUAGUGCAGCUUUAUCAAUGUGGGAUUCUAUCCAAGCUCCGAAGAGAGCCAGUUGAAGCAGUCAUGCGAGUCUCUGCUCAUAAGCGAUGAAUCCUGGGGAUGAAGAUGCACUGUUUAUCUAAACUCCACAGCCUAAUUACUGCAGCUUCGCAAUUUUCCCUUUGCAACUACACAAAUAUUUCCUGUCCAAAGCUGUCUUCCCUCCGGCGUCUGUUCUUUCUGAAGCUCGGACUCUCUGAUUCUCUCACUCCUUCUCUCUCUCUCUCUCUCUCUCUUUUUCUCUGCAACGUCUAAACGAAAUCGACAUUUCAAAAUAGCUCAGCGAAAAAAAAAGAAACAUUAAAACUUUGACAGAGAGCCGAGUGCGGAAUAUGAGACGCUACUCUAGACAUGGAAAGUUUUCUUUUCGCUGCAAAGAAUAAGUGCCAGAUGACAGAGGGUGCAGAGAUUGGGUCACUUCCUGAUGCCGAACAGGGACCCUACAUGAGAUGGCUCAACAUGGCUUAUGAACCUGAGAAGACAUGCCUGUUGAUUCCUCGGGAAUCGCGAGCAUCCUGUGUGUUCCACACGGCAGAUGAGAAAGAUGAGAUCCCAGGCAUCGGAGAGGACAGUGUUUUAGAGAUGCUGAGUUACUCUAAGUUCAUGGAUCUGGAGUCGUGGCUGUGUAUGCCAUCAACAUUGCUGCCCAGGAGCUUGGACUCGACCUGCUCUGCCUCACCAGUGUCCACCGAUAGCGAAUCUGGAGAUGCUGAAAAUAGCAGACCCCCAGAGAGGAAGUCUAUCUAUCUGAACCACUCCCCAGAAAGGGAAAACUGUCAUGUGCCACCUCUCCGCACUGUGCCAGUCUCUGUGACCCCUCAGUCCCCUGUGGCCCUGCAGACCUCCACUCCAGCUCAGAAGCCAGGCACACUCUCUUCAAAGCAAAGUGCAAGUGUAAGGAAGAGGCGGCGUCUAGCAGCCAGCCCUGGAGGAUUGCACUGGAACGCUUCAGGCUCAGUGCUGCGUGAAUACGAGCGAGGAGAGGCGGCCGCUGCGUUGCAGGUGAAACGCGUCCCUAAACCUUUGGAGUCUGCGAAACCUGGUGCAGAGCUGUGGGGGGACAGAGCAGCACUCAGGAAAUGUGUGUCAGUGGAUGACAGCCUGCUGCAGCAGACGCCCACAGAGCCUGGUACACUGCUGAGCCGCCUGGAGAGAGGAAAGAAGAAACUCAGGAACAUCCACAGCCUCGCGGAGACUGGAAGAUACGAAACCCGUAAAAAAUCCGAGAGUAAGAUUUCCCGCUUGGCUCAGAGACUCAACCAAAGGCAGAGAGAUGCCGCGCUGAUCAAGGACUUUCGGCCGCUUCUCUACUUCAGCGUUUCUCCAGGGAGCUCACAGAGCCUUGACAGGAGCUUCUGCGUCAAUAUGACCCAGCAGAUGCAGAACCUCCAGCUGAGCCACAGUAAGAAGGGGGCUGCGCCUGCUUCCCCCAAUGCAGCCAAGCGCCUUUACCGCAACCUCUCUGAAAAGUUCAAGGGCAGCCACUCGUCCUUUGAGGAUGCUUACUUCUUUGGCCGAUCAGAUCGCAUCCGCAAAGCCUCGAAUAUUCAGAGCAGUGAGGCUCUGUUUGAGGCUGUGGAACAGCAAGACCUGGAUGCUGUACAGAUCCUUCUGUUCCAGUACACAGCAGAUGAACUGGAUCUCAAUACACCCAACAGCGAAGGCCUGACCCCGCUCGACAUCUCCAUCAUGACCAACAAUGUGCCAAUAGCCAAGCUGCUGCUCAAAGCAGGGGCCAAAGAGAGCCCACAUUUUGUGAGUCAGGAGAGCCGCGAGGCUCAUCUCUCGUCGCUGGUGCAGGAGGCUCAGAGGCGAGCGAGCGAUCUCUCCACACAGGUGAUGAGAGAGAGCCUCAGUCUGGAGACAUCAGACAAGGAGAAGCAGCUCAAGGCCUGGGAGUGGAAAUGCAAGCUGUACAAACGCAUGCGCACUGGGUUUGAGCACGCACAGGCUCCAGAGACCCCGACAGCUGUGCGUUUAACUGUGAGCAGCAGCACAUCCCUCACUGUCACAUUUCAGGAGCCGGCGAGCAUCAAUUCAGCUGUGGUCACCAAAUAUAAAGUGGAGUGGAGCUGUCUGAAAGACUUCUCUUUAUUAGCUGGAGAACUGAUCCUUGAAAAUCUGCAGUGUCUUAAAUGCACCGUUACAGGCCUAACAACGGGAAGGCAAUACUAUGUACGUGUGUCUGCCUACAACAUGAAGGGAUGGGGCCUGUCACAAACCUCUCAACCUCCUUGUGCUGCUCCAUCAAACUGGAAGGAGAGCGAUGGCAGAGAGUCUCGGUGGAGAGGGCACAUCGAGGCCAUGGAGAGACUGCUCCAGCAGGUCCGCGCCACACACCAACACUACAGCUGUGGAGACACAUCGAAGCUACAGAACCCAAGUCGCAAGCAAUCAGUCUCUAGGAGCCUGAAACAUCUCUUUCAUUCCUCCUCUAAAUUUGUCAAAACUCUCAAAAGGGGGAUCUACAUAGCAGCAGUGUUUUAUCAUAAGGACAGUCUACUGGUGACUAAUGAGGAUCAGAUACCCAUCGUGGAGGUGGAGGACUCCUACAGCAAUUCCCUCAUGCAGGACUUUCUGUGGUUUACCAAGCUUUCGUGUAUGUGGGAGGAUGUCCGAUGGCUCAGGCAGAGCAUGGCUGUUUCCACCUCGUCUUCGUCCACACUGCAGUCCAGGCAGAAGAUGCUGACUGCCGCCGGCCAGCUACAGAACCUUCUGGGCACGCACAACCUAGGCCGCGUCCACUACGAGCCUAUUAAAGACCGCCAUGGCAAUGUACUGUUAGUGACAGUCAGGGAGACAGACAGCUCAUAUUCCUUCUUCAAUGGCAAGUGGAUGCAGGUGUCCAAACUACAGAGCCAGAGAAAGUCUCUGUCCACACCGGAAGAGCCCUAUGCCCUGGACAUUCUGCUCAUCACCAUACAGGACAUUCUGGCGUACCAGCGGCGAAGUCAGCAUCGUCUGUCUCCAGGCCUCUAUCUGGGCUACUUGAAGCUCAGCAGCUCUGUGGAUCAGAUCAAGGUCCUGGUCCCACAGCGAACACCCAAUAUGCUUUGCCAUUCCAAGAUUAGAGACAACUGGAACGUCUCCAGAGAUGAGUGGGAAUGGCUGAACACUCUGUCUGGCCCUGAGGAGGUGGAAAGAGCAGAUCAGGCGGCAGACUGCAACACUCCUUUGCUCUUCUGUGAGCUCCAGACAGCCAUUAAAAAUCUGCUGCGCCAGAUCAAUCUACCUCUGCAUCAGGCUAAGCACUUCCGUCUCUACACACAGGAGGUGCUCGAGUUGGGUCACAAUGUGUCCUUUCUUUUGCUGCUGCCUGCCUCAGACGCUGUGUGCACGGCCCCGGGCCAGACCAAUCCCUACACACCCCACUCGGGCUUCCUCAACCUCCCUCUUCAAAUGUUUGAGCUCGUUCACUUCUGUGCAUAUAAGGAAAAGUUUAUAAGCCUGUACUGCCGCCUGUCCUCUGUGCUUGACCUGGACGCCUUGAUAACCCAACAGGCUUUGAGAGAGGCCAUUACAGAUUCGGAACUGUCCAUUGCUAAACAACGACACCAACAUAUACUCGACUAUAUUCAGCAAAUGGAUGAGAUGUGGCGAGAUAUCCGCUGGAUCACUGAUGCCCUGCAGUAUGCCCGCUAUAAACAGCCUCUGGGCGGUGUGCCUGUCACAUGGCUGGUGGAUGCCAGCUUAGAACCUGUAACACAGAAGUACGACUCAAUCUCCUCCAAUGCAGACUACUUGCCUACCCCCUCUCCUUCACCUGAGUUAAGAAGAAAGGCUACAGAUGACUUCCAGGCAGCCUCAGAUGAAGAAGGCUGCUCUGAAGUCUUUCUUCCUACAGACAGUGACUAUGAUUCGAGUGACGCACUGAGCCCAAGAGAUCUGGACCUGGUUUAUUCUUCAGCCCAGGAUCUAUCCCAUCAGGCUGUGCACACACUGAGUGGCAGUGCCCCUGAUGUCCUGCAGAUGCACGAUCUCAAACCCAGCACCUGCUCUAAGCCGAUGCUGGAGACUGAAUCCUUUACUAAAGACCUAGAGGAACUGUCCCUGUCCUCUUACUCUAGCAGAUCGUCAGAAAAAAUGUCUCGUUACAAACGCAAGCUGCUGUCUAGGAGCCAGCCACAGAGGCCCUGCUUCAGCGGAAACCAUCGCUGGCUGAGGGUCCAGAGUGAGAACCAGACACCUUCACUUUCAGAAGGGGUGUACACUCGGCAGAGCGAGCUGGACCUGCCUCUAGAGCUCCCUGUCUCUUUCACACACUCCUCUUACAGCAUGGAUGAUUGGAAGUCCAGUAACAGGGAGAGUAAACCCACAGUGCGUAGGAUCUUUGUGGAGUCUUGCAGUGAGACCUCCCCAAGCAGCGAUGGUGCUCGGUGGCCAGAUAAAAAGGACGAGGCACAAGGAGGAGCUGCAGGAGUAGUGACAGCAGUUCAGGAAGUGGACUCAGAUGACCAAACCAAUGAGCUGGUUUCUGAAAUACUCAGCAGCACUCUCUAGAACCAUCAUGUAUUAUUGGAAAAGCCUACACACCCCUUUUAGAACGGCAAAAAAGGAGCCAAGAUAAAUCAUUUCAAAGCUUUUUCCAGUUGCAAAGUGAAAUUGUGGCAUACAAAAUGAUGUGAAAAACAAUUGGAAGGUUUUUAUUAUUAGAAAAAAGGAAAAAUACACUAACCUACUUGCAUAAGUGUACACUUUUUAAAUUAUUGUUUUCUUGUUACACCAAUCAAGUCAUUUUGGUUAAGAGUCUAGCAUAGUGCCAUGUCUUAAUUUGGCAAUAUUCUCUCACUCUUUUUUUAGAGCCAUCAGAUUGUAGGAACAUCUUCACUGCACAUCCUACUUCAGGUCACCCCAGAGAUUUUUAAUUAGAUCACGGUCUUCUUUAUGCCAUUGUCAUACCGAAAGUUUAAAUGCUGUCAUCUUCAGCUUAAUAGCAGACACCUGAAAGUUUUACACUAAAAUCAGCUGGUAUUUGUAGAUAUUUAUUUUAAAAAUACAGUACUGGCUGAAUAUAAACAGCUUUAAAGCAUGAUGCUGUCACCGCCAUGCUGUAUUGUGGAUACGGUGGGUUUUGUUUGAAAUUUUUUGGACCAAUCAUACCUUUUUAGAAUUAGAAAUGAUGAUACCCUUUGGGAUUGGGCUCUUUAACAUUUACAUUUAUGGCAGCUUGCAGACACCUUUACCCAGAGUGAUAUACAGUCUCAUUUAUACAACUAAGCAGUUAUGGGUUAAGGGUCUUUGCUCAAAGGCCCAGCAGUGGCAGCUUGGUGGUGCUGGGAUUUGAACUCACAACCUCCUGAAUAAAAGGUUCAAUAUGUAGAGUGCAAUUGGUACUAAUUGAUAUUUCUGUAGCUCCGUUACUGUUGCUGUAGGUCUCUUGGCAGCCUCCCUGGUAAGUUUUUAUCUUAUCCUUUUAUGCAUUUUAAAGGGACAUCCUGUUCUUGGUUAUGUCACCAUGGUGUUUUAUUUUCUCUAUUUGUUGAUGAUUUUACAGUGUUCCAUGGUACAUAUAAUGUAUUGGAAAUUCUCGUAAAUUACUUUUGAACACAAGCUUGAAUGCAGUUGGUUCAAUCUGAACACAGGAACAUACCCAUUUAUAAAAGGGUUUAAACACUUAUGAAACUAGGUUAUUCAACCGUUUUUUUAUUUAUUUUUUAUUUUUUUUGUUCUCUCUCUCUUCAUUUUCCCUUAAAUAUUUGAGAAUUGUUUUGGUAACUUAAUACAUUUUAAUUUUACACUGAAGGUGAAAAAAGUUCUGACGAUUUUAUUUAGUUACAUUUUUUUUACAAAUUUGUUUCAAUUUAUUAGGGGGUGUGUAGACCUUUUAUAUCCAUUGUAUGUCAUGUUGAUGAGUUUUGUCAUAUCACCACCAGACAGCCUCUAAGUGUAUACAGUUAUAGAAUGCAGACUCUCAGUGUUGUAGUAUGUGGAAAAUUCUUAAUAGAAUGUGCAGAAAGAAAGAAAUAAGUUGCUGGUCAACUCUGUAGAACUCAUAAACUGUGGCUAUGACUGUUAAUAUACUUACUAUAAAUGCAACAUGAAAUAAAGUGCUGCUUUAACCUCUGAACUUGAAAAUGCCUCUGCAGAGACUGAUAGGACAGGUGAAAAGGAGUUCCCCAAAACUUUAGAAUCGGCUUUCACAUUCAGUUUUUACAUGAGAGAUAAAUCAGAUGUCAGUCUGCUUUACCUGAUAAAUCAUUAGUGGCAGAUAUAUUUAAAGAAUAAUUUUUCAUGAUCUGAUGGUGCUGAAAAAAAAAACAGUUCACCUUGUAAAAUCUGCCUUCCAGACACCUAUAAGCCAUUUCAAAUAACAACGGGCUCUGAAUCUGAUAGUAAACUAUCCAAUCACCUUCUAUUAGGAAUUUUAAAUCACUUGCUCUAGAAGGUGUGAAAUGGUUUUUGGACGCUUUUGACUUGUCCACUUUAUCUCAGAAGCUAAAUGUAAUAAACAGGCAGAUGUCCUUCAUAAACAUAUUUCUUGACUUGCAUUCUGUUUACCUCUUCUGAAUGAUUUGUGAUGUACAUUUGCUAUAAUUCUAAGUGUCAACAGUGUGAAGGGUCUUUUUUUUUCUUUUUUUUUGGCUGAUCGCUAUCUUGCUGGCAUUAAAAAACUAAUCAAAACCACUCAUGUUUUAUGAACAGGCACAUAAAAAGUGCACUUUAGAGACCUGUUUACAUCCUUUGUGCAGCAAAAUGCAGGGAUUAUUGACAUUUCUGUUCUGUUGGCCCUGUAAAAAAAAAAAAAAGAAAUGGAAAAAAAAGUUACUCAUAAUUGUUUUGGUAUCUCAUAAUUUUGUUUUUAUUUUUGGUACUGGACAUUUGUACCAUUUUCUAUGAAGGGUAUGCACCACUUUUUGGAUAGCUGUAUUAAAGUAAGAUUAGUAUUAAAUAUUAAAAUAAAACUUCAAGGAUUAUUUUGACUCUUGGUGUUUUCAAAGCUACAGAGACUUGAAGUGUAUGAAGAAUAAUAUCCUUAAAAAAGAAAAAACUAAACAAAAAAUGCUGCCUGUGGAUUCAGUACUGCACUGAUAGUGGGGUUGUAUUCAUUCAGCCACAAUAUAUCUCUCUGUAAAUGUAUAAUGGCGAAUUCAAUACAGUUUCACUUUAAUAAUAGUAUGUAGAAUAUACUGGAGGUUUAAUACUGGGGUAUUUGAAGACAAAGCGGUUGUCAGGGCGAAAAUGACAGUACAGGCAGCUUAAUGUGAGCAACAUUGUGAAUUUGUCUGUUGCACUGUUAUGACCUGUCGAUGUUACAGUGUAUUAAAAAAUAUGUAUUUGCACGUUGUUUCCUCAAAAAGAAAAGUUUCUACUGCACUUGUGUCCUCUUAAAGAUAAUAAAACUGUUUCAUCAUCCCAAUUUCUGUACAGUGAUGUCAGUUGAACUAAUGAUGAAAUGCACUACUUUAUCAUGUGUGUGUGUGUGUGUGUGUGUGUGUGUGUGUGUGUGUGUGUGUGUGUGUGUGUGUGUGUGUGUGUGUGUGUAUUUACAUUAUGUGUUCUGCCUGAUCCCUAAUGAGUAAAGAAAUCACUGCAAUUACUUUUGUUAAAAACAAUCGUCAUUCCAGAUAAGGUUAAAUGAUAUAACUUUGUCAUGAUACCUUUAUACUGUGCACACAGCAAGCCAAAAGCAUUUGAGAGCAGCGUAUCUGUAUAUUUUUGAAUUAUGCAUUUAUUGAUCCAGAUAAUAUAUUUGUGUAUCAUAUUUUUGACAGUUGUUGUCUAUUACUCCUGUUUUAGUUGUUGCCCAUUAGCUUUUGCAAUGCACCUGAAUCUGACCGUGUGGUAGUUUAUGAACAGAAAAAAAUCAUCAAUGCAUUGUAGAUAUGCUAUGUGUGUCUGACAUCACUUAAACAAAAAAGAUAUCUCUUAUAACUUUACUUUUCAUUGAAGUAGUUUUGUUGACAGGAUUAUGAAUGUUUGUACCUCUAAAUGUGUAAUGUUCUAAUCGAAAAUAUAAAUAAACUGGACAUUUUUUAAUGA